AUGGCGCAGUAUCUUGUCUUCGUGAUCGCUUUCGGUGUAUUAGUUUGCGACAAUAUUCGUCUUGUUCAAUGCGUCGGUCAAUGCAAAACCCACGCGGAUUGCACGCUCAAAUAUGAUAAAUAUUGGCCGUAUUGCUGCGGUGGAUACUUGAUGUUAGGAAGCAAGGAUCGGACUUGCACGUAUCGUUCGUGUUUAAAUCGCUAUUGCUCAAGCGACAGUGAUUGUGGUGACCCAUCAAUGUGUUGCCGCUCUAACGUAUGCGUCAACAUGGGUUGCUCUGGAUGUACCAAUGAUACAGACUGUUAUUCGACCCAUGUCUGUUGCAAGAAGACGUUUCCUUUGGACCAAACCGUUUGCGCAGCCAAUUGUAUGAACCAAACUUGUAAUUCCAACGAUGACUGUGCUGGUCUGAGCGAGUGUUGUCGAUCGGGAAAGUGUGUUAAAACAGGCUGUUACGAUAAGUGUACAUCGAAUUCUGAGUGCAAUUUGGAUCAAUAUUGUUGCAAGAAGAAGAGUUCCGGCUAUUGGGGAGAUAGUUGUGCCAAAAGUUGUGUGGGCGAGUUCUGUCGGAUUGACGACGACUGUGGGUCUCGAAAUGAGUGUUGUAUUUCUAACACAUGUGUUGAUCGUGGUUGCUCUGGUUGUAUUACAAACGCAAACUGCAAUACUGGACAUUAUUGUUGUAAGAAAAGACAGCGGUAUGUUGGUGAAUUUGGUGUGUGUAGUGAACAUUGUGUUGGGAAAUCUUGUAGUACAAGCGAUGACUGUGGUGGAGCCGGCGAGACUUGCAACUCUGAUCAUAGAUGCGCAUUUAACUCUCUCCCAUCAUGGGCGAUUGCUGUUAUUACUGUAAGUCUAGUUGUAUUUCUUAUUGCUGUUGGACUAGUACUAGCCGUGUUUUGGUAUGUGAAAAAGAAGCGACCAGCGAAUGCAACUCAAGCGGGAACUGUGCCUCUACCGAACACUCCAUAUCAAGGGACAGAAACCCAAAAUCCUGCAAAAAGUCAACAACAGGGGAACGAAAAUCAUGGAUUUCAUAUAAAUCCUUCUCCAAUCUACGAGGAUCCAGCACAAAGUGACAACGAAGUACAUCAGAACCACAAUCAACUUCACAAUCCUGUUUAUCACACUCUCGAAUCCCCGGAAGCGACAAAAGACGCACAAUUCCAAGACAGCAGUGGGCAACAAAUGCAUCCACAGAAUGCCCCUCUCCAAGGUAACGAAUACCACCAUCAUCUUCCGUAUAACCCACAGUAUCAAAGCAAACCACAAAGACCCUAA